CUUUGUUUCUUUUCUUUAAUAAUCAAACAUUAGCAAAAUGGCCUGCACCCCCGCAGAAUGCAAUGUGUUAGUGAAUUUACUUUACUAGCAUUAUUUGGCCUGCACCCUCGCAGAAUGCAAUGUGUUAGUGAAUUUACUUUACUAGCAUUAUUUGGCCUGCACCCCCGCAGAAUGCAAUGUGUUAGUGAAUUUACUUUACUAGCAUUAUUUGGCCUGCACCCCCGCAGAAUGCAAUGUGUUAGUGAAUUUACUUUACUAGCAUUAUUUGGCCUGCACCCCCGCAGAAUGCAAUGUGUUAGUGAAUUUACUUUACUAGCAUUAUUUGGCCUGCACCCUCGCAGAAUGCAUAAGUUGAUGUUUGAGAAUUAGAGAUUAGAAACCCUUUUUUUUUUAAGAUAAGUAUAUGUAUUUAAAUGCUUAUUUGUUAUUAUGGUCACUAAAACAGAUUUUUAGCAACUUAGUUUGGUUCCAAGGCACAAGUCUUGAAUAGUGUAACUGGUGAAAAGGAAUAAUACAAAUUGAAUUGAAAACUAGCAAUAAACUUCUUUAAACUUCAAACUAUAA